ACAGGGUUACUUACAGAGAGAAAAGAGUGUAUGUAGCUCGAUCUAUGUGGCUUUGGAUUUUGGCCAUCUAGAUUGCCUUCAAUGGCUCGCCUAGCCUAUGAGUCGCUUGUUUUCUGUGUGUUGUUUUUAUUGUUCGUACUCUUUUCUUUUGCUGCUGAAAGUGAAGCGAAGGUGCAUUUUCACAAAUGGAAAGUAAAUUACCAGACAUGGGCUCCUGAUUGCGUCCCGGUAACCAUCAUCUCUAUAAAUGGAGAAUACCCGGGGCCAACCAUCAGAGCCAGAGAGGGGGACACCGUUGUUGUCCAGUUAGAAAACUUGAUGCCCACUGAAAAUGUUGUUAUUCACUGGCAUGGCAUUCGCCAGAUCGGCACUCCCUGGGACGACGGGACGGCUUCCAUGUCACAGUGCGCAAUCUUCGCAGGCGAAACCUACGUGUAUAAGUUCGUUGUGGACAGACCAGGGACAUACUUUUAUCAUGGUCACUAUGGCCUACAGCGGUCAGCGGGGUUUUAUGGGUCGCUCAUAGUGGAUGCAAAGGGCAAAGAGCCCUUUACCUACGAUGGAGAGCUGAGCAUCGUUUUAAACGACUGGUGGCACAAAAGCACUUACGAACAGGCAGUGGGUCUCUCUUCCAAUCCCUUCGUCUGGGUUGGGGAGCCUCAGUCACUGCUGAUAGAGGGCCGAGGGAAAUUCAACUGUUCAGCGACCAGCAAGUCGUGCAACGCUACAAACACACAGUGCUCGCCUUAUGUCCUGCCGGUGCAACCUGGGAACACUUAUCGUCUUCGUAUUGCCAGCGUGGCGUCUCUUUCGGCCCUCAACUUUCUGAUUCAGGGACACAAGAUGACGGUUGUGGAGGCAGACGGGCAUUACGUAGAGCCCUUUGAAGUAGACAACCUGGACGUAUACUCAGGCGAAGCAUAUUCCGUUCUGAUAACGGCGAACCAGAACCCUUCUCAAAACUACUGGACUGGUGUGAACGUGAGAGGCAGGGAGCCCACGACUCCCACUGGACUGGCCAUCCUCAACUAUCUUCCCAAUCCCUUAACCAAACUCCCCACCGCGCCAUCUCCCACGAGUCCACUGUGGAACGACACGAAAUACAGCAAAGCUCUGGCUAAGAAAUUCGUGGCUCUCAAAGGACACGAAGAGCUUCCCCCACUUCAGUCCGACAGAAGGCUGAUCCUUCUCAACACGCAGAACACGAUCAACGGAUACAUAAAGUGGGCGAUCAACAAUAUUUCACUGCUGCCUCCUGCGACUCCCUACUUGGCCGCCAUGAAAUACAAAAUCAAGGGGGCCUAUGACACCACUCCACCUCCGGACGUCUACUCUCCCCGUAACUACAACAUCAGCAUUUCUCCCCCGAAUCCCAACGCUAUCGAAGGGGAUGGCGUGUACGUCUUCAAAUCGAACUCUGUUGUGGAUGUGAUUCUUCAGAAUGCGAAUAUUCUCAAAGGCAACCGUUCGGAGAUUCAUCCAUGGCAUCUGCACGGCCACGAUUUCUGGAUUCUUGGAUAUGGAGAAGGCGUGUUCAACCCGGCAAAGGACCCUGCAAACUACAACACAGUGAAUCCUCCGAUGCGCAAUACAGUUGCACUGUUUCCAUUUGGAUGGACGGCCAUUCGGUUUAAAGCCGAUAAUCCAGGAGUAUGGGCUUUCCACUGCCAUUUGGAGGCCCACUUUUUCAUGGGAAUGGGAGUGAUGUUUGCAGAAGGGAUUGAUAAAGUAGGAGAGUUGCCCAGAGCAGCCAUGGGAUGCGGGCUCACCAAGAAUAAAAUUCACAUGCACCACUGAUCUCUCUGCCCGAAGCACGAAUCUUUCGAAGGUAAUACUUUUGUCAAUAAUAAAUCCUCUCAUCCAUCCACCCUGGUACCGUCGAAGAACUACAUAAAUUAUAAAAUGAAAUUUGCAUUUGAAGAAUUCUAUGCGACAAUGACAAUUGUGGUCUCUGUUUUCUUCUUGAUUUGAAAGAGCUUCUUUUCAGAUAAAGUAAAAAUUAACUUAGCUAUUUUUAAAAAGUAA